AUGUUUGAGAUCAUAGUAAGCGGUUACAUGCUUUCUCGCACUAAGCACUAUAUCUCCACCACUCAGCAUGGAUUUAUGCCAGGCCGCUCUGUUUGCACCAACCUAUUAGAGUUCACUUCAUCGUGUAUUUCGCAGAUGGAACAGAAAGCUCAGGUAGACGCGAUUUACACCGAUAUCAAAACUGCUUUCGAUCGUUUGGACCAUACGAUGCUCCUGUGUAAAAUCUCGCGCUUAGGUGCUUCCCAUCAGUUCGUUGAAUGGCUAAGCUCAUAUCUUCGUGGAAGAGUUCUACGCGUAAAACUCGGUUCAAGUUUAUCAUCGCAAUUCACCAACAAGUCAGGAGUUCCCCAAGGAAGCGACAUGGGGCCCUUGUUAUUUGCACUGUUUUUCAAUGACGUGACACUGCUGCUAGGUGACGGCUGCAAGCUGGUUACGGUUAACCAAAUUUACGCAAAAUUCGUUUCAAACUUUUUGCGUGACGAGCAGUACCUUACGGGAAUAGAAACCUACGAUGUCCAGGGCGGAUUACCAACCACGUUGCAAUGUUUGCUGGAUACGAUUGACAAACCUUUAGUGCUGUACACUUUUCAGGAAUUUCAGAAAGGUAAAAAUAAAUCUGCAUUCAGAAACAUAAACGGCUACUCUCAACUAGAGACAUUUGUAACACGAGGAACGUACGAAACUUUCAAAUCAUCUUUAAUUCCAAGUGUGGCACGAAUAAAUCCUCUGGCUCAACUGAUUGCGACCGGAAGAUAUAUAACGAGGCAGCAAGUUGUCAACCUUUUUCGCGUAGCAUGGGUGGAAUAUUCAAUGCCCAACAUAGUUCUGUUGAACAGAGUGGACAACGUGUCCACUGAAUCGUGUGUAUUAAAUCCGUUUCUCACAGAACCGCGUACAAUAGAUGAACGAAACGUUCAUUGUCAGGUUAUGCAAACACUGGAGGAUAUUGAACCAGGAAUAACUCAUACAAGACAAUUCUUACUCAACCGAGCACAAAACCUUCAUCGUUAUCCGCUACGAAUCGCCAUUGGAAACGUGGAGCUAAUGUCACAACCUAUCUACAAUAAGAACAAAACGCUCGUACGUUUCAGUUUUCUUGACGGAGAGAUUGUAGAUAUAAUGCGGAGAAGGAUGAACUUCACGGCGGAAUUUGUUAUACUGCCCAGUCAGUUAUCGACAGGAUUCGUGUACCCGAACGGUUCUUUGGGAGGUUCCCUAAGUUUGAUAGAAAGCGGCCAGAUCGACUUGGCUGCUAACUCUCGCAUUAUUCACAUCUACCAAACCAAAAACGUUCAAUAUCUGCAGUAUCUGAUGACGACCAAGUUAGUGUUCAUAGUUCCGAAAAACUUCUAUCAAUCUCGCAGUCGCGAUCGAGUAUUUUUCAAUUCUUUUACGUGGACUUUCUAUGCCAUCAACGUUGCUUUAGCGGUUAUAUUUCCAAUGGUACUCAGGAUGACUAAUUACCACUCGUCCAAUACUCGGAAGGAAACUUAUGCGGUAGCGGUAAUGCGCAUCCUUGCCAUCACCCUAGCGGUCUCCACAAAGCUGCCGAACCGCUCGCAAGCGCGAGUUGCUAUCUGGGGAAUCCUAAUAUAUAACCUGGUAUCGUAUUCGAUUUGGCAAGCUGUUAUAAUAAAGCGUCUUAACUCCAACAAUGACAAAAUGGACGACAUUCAGGAUCUCGCCGAAUUACUGGAUAGCAAUCUCAAGCUCAAAAUACCAGUCGCUUACGGUCAAUUCGUUCGGCCCGAUGCUAGUGAGUUUUCCGGAAUGAGUAUUCUACAAAAGAAGCUGUACCAGGAGGCGACUGUGGCGAAUAACAAUGUUACCGGGGCUGUGCUUAUAGCUGACAUGGUGCAUUUCCGUGCAUCGGCCGUGCUCAUACACGACAUUCGGUCGGAUGUGGUCAAAUCCCGGUUUUACGAUGAUACGCAGCUGCAGAGUUUCAUACACGUGAUCAACGAUCAUGUGUUCGAAUUUUACACGGCGAUGGCACUGCCCAAGAAAUCCCUUCUGGUGGACCGCUUUAACCAGAUAACGAAGCGUUGUGUUGAAAGUGGCAUCGUAGUGAACCAGCUUGCGAAGAUUCCACUGAAAGGGCAGCUGUAUCAGAUCCAAAGAAACAGAAAUAAUACGGGAUUCAACGGGGCGGUUGGUGCGAAACGGUUCGAGUUACACGUCUUGAGAUAUGUGUUCUAUUGCUACUUUGGGUUGAAUGGCUUAGCCAUUGUGGUAUUUCUGGGGGAAAUCUUUGUGCAUAGAAUGUUUCGGCGGAAAGUGUUGCUGCGUGGUAAAGCUGCUGGCAGAACUAUUCGAGGCAGAAAAUAUAUUAGACGGGUCGAAAAUAAAUUGAAACAAAUUAGACAAUCGCGUUGUCUUGAUGUUCGUUAG